AAUUAACCCUAUAAUAAAAAAUUGCAAAAUGCUCCUUUAAAAUAACAAGUUCUAUAUAAUAUGCCUUAAUAUAUAUUUAAACGAUAAAAUCCCAGAUCUAUCCCCAGAAGAGUUGACUUUCUAUUAUAGUUAUUGGCCAAAGCCUGGUCUCAAGAGUUAAUUUCUUCAAAAGCUUCAAUCUUUGAAUCAAAAUACCUUCAAUUCUAGUAAGGAAGGAGAAGAAGAGGAAGAAGCAAUGAAUCAGAAUAUGAAUGCUCUAGCGAUUGGAAUGGUUGGUGCGGCCAUAACAUUAUGUGCCUAUUCACAGACUAUCAUCUCUGCAACUCAGUGCAUCACAAUUGGGCUUCUUGUUCUCAUGUUUGGCUUGCUUGUUGGAGAAGGUCUUAUUUCUAUCUAGCAAUUCACUACUCUUUAUUUACUUUGCUUAAGCAAUAAAUAUUUUUCUGUUUUAAUUUCAUGUUAGAAUCUUUUUUUAUUCUGGUAUUAAGCUAUUUUUCCUCCGAAGAAUUUGGAAUCCUGGAAUUUAUGGACGUGCAGUGGGUAUCCAUAGUUUUAUUAUUGUUGUUUUUCAAUGGAACGAACGAUUGAAUUGAGAGAUUUUAAUUAAUAUUGCUAUAAUCUUUAAUGUUUCUUUCU